AUUGUGAUAAUGGGAAUUAACAUUAAAUUAAACAUUUAAUUAAAAUGUAGGUACAGUAGGUAGGAUAAUGUUAAUUUUUCGGAAAUUAUAGUGAGUUUUUAGUCUUAAUAUCACCGUUUUCCCCCCACCUAGUCGGUCAACGAUUCUUCCUGUGGAAGUUUAAGAAUCGUAAGUUCUUCCAUAUUGAGGAAACCCUGUCGGAGGGUGUGGUAUGUAUGGUGUUUAUUAAUCUGAGUUCAAAGAAUUGUUGCCAUAUCUUCUAAAUGGCUUGCACAAGUGUCAUAAAGUCCCAUCCUCCAGGUUUAUUGGCACAGCUUCGACAAUUCAUCGCUGGAGCCUCCCAACCGAACAAGUCUAGCAAUCAAGAACUCGCUCGUUUAGCGUUGUCUCUUUUGAACUCACUCCCAGCUGCAAGAGGUGCUGUCCUAGAGUACCUAUGUUUUCUGUUUGACUCGGCUGUUGCUAAUCACAUCUCACAAUGUCUAUCUCCCGAAUCUCCCACAAAAUCCCAAGAGCCAAGCGAAGAAGAAGUGACUAUAGCAGAAAUUCAUACUACGCUCACCAAUUUCAUUCACUCUAAUGCAAAUGCCUGGGCGCCUAUAAUUUCGAGAUGGUCUUUGGAGCUUUUAGGUACUUUAUCAAGCCGCUAUGCAAACAAAGCAAGUGCAUCCAUGGCCAGUAAUUUAAGUCAGAGUAUGCAGUUUUGGAUGGCAUGCCGUGCUACCCGCACUUUAAUUGAUAUAAACACACAAUGUCUCUCAUGUCUUAUGGACUCAAACACUGAUUCUUGUAUUAGUGCAUUACUAGAUUUUAGUGUUCUGCACAGUCCAGCCUUUGACUGGGUAGUAGCUCAUGUUGGAAGUUGCUUCCCACAAACUGUAAUAACCAGGGUCUUAUCAUGUGGUCUAAAAGAUUUUUGUGAAAACCAACUCGGCACCAAAGCUCCAAAAAUAGUCUCAGUUGUCAGUAUUCUGGAUCAUCUGGCUCUAAGUCAUUUUUCGGACAUCAAGAAAGCACUGUUACAGCUUUUCGAGUGGAGUAUGAUGACGUCAGAAGUGGAAGAUGAUAAAUUAGUGUUAGUUCAAAAACUGGCAACAACACCAUUUCUUCUUCAAUUAGCAUCUAUGUCACCAGUUCUUCUUCGUGCUUUAUCAUCUGACGUUCUGCAUUCAUUGACACCGUGCAAAUUGAGCAAAAUGAGCAACUAUGCUGCUGAUUGGUGUAGUUAUUUUGACAGCCGACAAGCUCUCUUUGAUCUUGUUGUUCAUUUAAUCCUGCGCUGCGAAUCUGGAGCCAUUCACAUCCUCUCUCUGUUGUUAAAGUGUUCUCAGUCAGAAGGCAAAGUUUCUUCAAUGUCGGAUAUAUCAAGAGAAAUUCUAGAACUGUUACUAAGUGAAAUGGAUCGAACACAAAGAACUGCCUCGUCUGUCCUCCCGUUCCUCAACAAUUUACAACAGAAUGUUGCGGGUCUUCAUUCUCUUCUUCUGAGCUGUGAUAUUUUAAGUUCUCGAAUAGCAGUUCGGUUAGUCAUUUUACUAGGUCGCCAAAACUAUAAUACAAUGUGCUCAUCGAUAGCUCAGCUAUUAUUGAAAAGCAAAAAUAAAGUUCAAUUAGCCGCUCUGUUAGCUCUUGCUUCCGAUUGUCGAGGAUCAGAGCUGAUGAGUUCUUCCCUGACCUUAGCUUUGCAAAUGUGUAGAGAUCAUAUGAUAAAUCCACCUUCCGAUGAUUAUCUUCUCACACUAUGGGUCAAUGUUGAUAAAUUGUUGAGGUGGGAAGAAAGCAAGAAAAAUAUGGGAGAUACGUGCUCUCCAAUGCUCCAGGCUAUGUGGGACAAUCUAGCUCGUGCAUCAGAAUGUUUACAAAGUCGCACUAAUAUCAAAUGUCUACAUUGUAUCGCUUUGUCCAUCAAUAGAGCUAUCUCUCAACCUAAACACAGGCUUUUGAGUAUUCCACUUUCAAUUUCGCUGGCCACUUCAACCGUCUCCUAUUUCUUCAAGUGCCUGAGUCUAGAAGAAGAUGGAGUCAAGCAAAAAAAGUCUUGCAACGUCAUAAACAACAUUUUGAAACAGUUAUGCUCUAUUUCACCGCAUGUGAUAAGCUUAUUAUACCGCGAAUUAAUUGAAACAGCUCUAUUCCGACCCGCAGCAAAACUUUUCAAUGCCUCAAAGAUCUCUGAAGAAUCAGACUACAGCUCUCUUCACGUCAAUUUGCUAGAAGAAAAUUUAAAACAGGGAACGAGCUUAAUGAUACCACACCGCCCGUCGUCUGUGUUCUAUGCUGGGGUGAUUGGUGCAGGAGCAAAGAUCAAGCGACCAGUUGACAAAUUACCAGAAGAAAUUGUUAACAACAACAUACGGCUGUUUAUUGCUGCACUUGCAUCAUGUUGCAAUGCAAGCGAUAACCGAGCUAUGCUUGACUCAGUCAUCAAUAUUGCCUUAUUGCUAGUUGAAUUGAUUUCCCCUGAUGUCAUGUACAAUGGCCUACCUUGGCCUGAAGAAGAAUUCUGUAAGGUGACCGUGGAGAGAGAUUUAAAGAUCAGGAGGCUUUUUGACUGUUCACCGAUUGCGUGGGAGCUAUUGGCUUUUGUGGCUCAACACAGACCAGCUUUAUGUUAUUGUUCAGUAUUGCUUCGUGCUGUUGUAGCAACUUUAAUAAGUGAAUGGGGCAAAGCAAGUCAACAAAGUAAAGAUGCAAUUCAGGACAAAAAUUCAAACUUAUUGAAAACCACAACGCGACUAUUGGAUAUCAUGGCUCUUGGGCAGUUACUUCCUCAGCCGUUAAGCUCCCUACAGCACACGCUGCAUGCUCUACCUCCAAAUUGGGUAGUGCUAAUUCUCAGAGAUUCUGUCUGGAACUACAUGAGGGACCAUGUGCCUUCCCCAACUCUCUUCGUUCCAGAUGCCAAUGGUAUUAUGUGGCGAGAUCCUGCACUUGAUGCACCCAACAAGCAGUACACAGAUUCAUUGAGACUUGUCAUGCAGCGUAACGUUGAUAAAUUAGGCCCCUUAUAUUCUCACCUUUUCAUACAUCUGCAACAAGAGUAACUCUACCCACCAUUCCUGCAGGGUUCUGCGUCAUCUCUUGUAACUCAAAUUUUUCUACCUUGGGAAAAAUGUGGUGAGAAUUAAAAUGUUGCAUGUGUCUUUAAUUUGAUAGUAAAUUUUGAAGCAGAUACAAAUCAAAAAUGAAAUCACAAAAUUCACACAAGAAUUCAUUCAAGUUUUUGUAGAAAGUGAAAUUUAAGUGUCAAAGCUUGGAACGCUUUUUCAGGGCCGUCAGGCAACCGAAAUCGUCUACACUGCAUUGAAAUAAUGAACAUUUUCAAUUUUCUAUCCUGUAUCUGCUCCUGAAAACUGUUGUCCCGCGACUAUCAGUUGAAUUUGAAGGAGCAAACUUUACUUUACAGACUUAAAACAAGCAAGACUGCUUUGUAGCAAAGUCUCAUGUCAUGAAUCGAGAGGAGCAAAAUAUUCCUCCUAUUUUUUUUUCCUAGUCCCAAAUGAAAUAAAAAAAUAAAGAUAGAAAAUCUAGCACUAUUUGUAAAGUGUAGCAUCAUUGCGGAGAGGCCAUGUUUUUAUCGACCAGCAAGGAGAAUAAAAAUAGCUACAUAUCGAGAGGUUGUACGAUUUUGAUCUCAUGAACAUCGCUUCCCUAGAAUGCUGUUUUCUAGUGGUCAAUAUCAGCACCGAUGUCCAGUGUUAUGUAUGACCUGUGACAUGUGCAUGCUGCCCACACAGGGCUCCUAUCAUCUUAUACGGUGUAAAUAUAGGGAUUAAAGAAGAAGGACGCAAAUGAGGGACGCGAGCAGUCAGAGGUCAAAAUUAUAUGUUAAACAGAAACUAAGAAUAAUUCUUCUCAAUUAUUCAAGAAGUUAUCCCAGUUUUUUUCAACUGAUAUUUUACAGUAUCUUUUCCUGUAUCUUCUUUUAUACAUAAUUAUAAUCAUUGAUUUAUUUGCAACCGCAGUUAAAAUGGGAAACUUAAAAUUUAAAGAAGAGUAAAUGAAAUUGAACUCUAAAGAAAAUUAUAAGUGCUCCUAUUUUGUUUCUUAUGAGGGAUGGAUACAUGUGGGGAUUUGCAAAAAUCUUAUCUGGAAAUUUUCCUCGUUGUAGUGUUGAUUAACAAAAAUUGCCUAUCUCUAAGAUCACAUUCACAUCUCUGGAAAGAGCUCACAAUUUUGAGAACUCAUUAUUUUAUCUAUUUCACAAAUUGAUGAUGUAACUGUAAGAAUGCGCAUCUCGGUAUGUGACAUUGCAGACUUCCCGUCAAACUUUACUUCUUGAAUCGAUAAACGCUCAACGUCAUUUUUCAAAAAACUUCUCUGAUUUUUCCUCUCAAUGUGAGAAAUAUUCAAUGUAAGUUAAGCAUUAACAUUAUUUUGUUCACCUCUGAUUAAAUACAAUAUGAGCAAAGAUUUUGAAACACUGCAAA